AUGGGGUACGAUUUGGAAAGGUUUGUAUGCUACGUGAACGAGGGUCUCCUGUGUGGCAUAUGUCACAACGUGUUGCUGCGGCCCCUCCAGGCCCCCUGUGAGCACGCUUUCUGCAGUGCCUGCAUUAGUAACUGGCUACUUGAUCACAACACGUGUCCUGAGGACAGGCAGCCGUUGGACGUGGACAGCCUUAAGCCUCUUUACAGGUACAUGCGUAAUGACCUCAACCGUCUGGAGAUUCGCUGCGUGAAUGCAAAUCGGGGCUGUGAAGUGGUGUGCAAGUUGGAGAACCUGCACACACAUGAAGAAGACUGUGACUUUGUUUUUGUGUCAAGCUCAAACCAAAUAUCGUAUUGUGCUGCAGGGUGUCCCACACAUGUCGAGAAGCGCAGUAUGGAGGCUCACCUGUCAGAAUGUAAAUUCUGUACUCGAAAGUGUCCCAGCGGCUGCAUUCUUCGCCCCUCCGAGCAGUCACGACAAAACUGUGUGGCUGAGCUACACACAGAAAUCAAAAUGCUGCGGACUAUGAUGCUGAGCAAGAAUGAAGCGGUGAGACAAGAGGUAGAGACUGCUGCUCUUUGGCAUAGCGCUCGACAAGCAUAA